AGUUUUUCUACACACAUGAAACUGAAAAUGCUUCCAUUUGAGAAAAUGUAUGUUGAUGACGUGAUCAGCCGCAUUGAUAGGAUGUUCCCUGAAAUGUCUAUCCAUUUAUCCAGGCCAAAUGGAACCUCAGCAAUGCUUCUGGUUACCUUAGGAAAAGUGCUAAAAGUGAUAGUGGUGAUGCGGAGUCUCUUCAUUGACCGGACAAUAGUAAAAGGAUAUAAUGAAAAUGUAUACACUGAAGAUGGCAAGGUUGACAUAUGGUCCAAAUCCAAUUAUCAGGUUUUUCAGAAGGUGACAGAUCAUGCAACCACUGCUUUAUUGCAUUAUCAGCUCCCCCAGAUGCCAGAUGUGGUGGUCAGAUCCUUCAUGACUUGGUUAAGAAGUUACAUAAAGCUGUUCCAGGCUCCAUGCCAACGCUGUGGAAAGUUUUUGCAGGAUGGCCUUCCACCCACGUGGAGAGAUUUCCGAACACUUGAAGCUUUUCAUGACACCUGCAGGCAGUAGUAGCAUAACCCAGUCACUGACCUUGCAAAAUGGAAAGUGGAUGGGACGUAUGGACAAAAUGGGGCUUCCGAUGAGCUCUGUAGAAUCUUGAUGGUUCUUUGGUUGAUUCCCUUUCUGAACAUAAAUAUACUCAUUUCCUUCCUUUACUGAAGCUUUCUUAUCGAAUAGUAAAUCAGCACAAUUCAUUUGGCCAGUAAAAAGAAGAUUCUGCCCAUUGUACUGAUGAGACUUUUUUUUAAAUACUUUAUCUAAUGCACAAGAAAAAAAGGUGAGGGAAGCUAUUGCUAAAGGCAGAUCAUAUAUGGUCUGUUGGGGCAUUUCUGCUGAAGUCAUUAUAUAAUGUACAUUUUGCUACAAAAUUCACAAUGGAGGAGAACUUAUUUUUGAGAACUGUAAAUUAUUU